AUGGACCGAGACAUCCACCUAGUCAAUGUCUUCACAGCGGAAGGCCGAGGAGGCAACCUUGCGCCCAUUGUUCUGGAUGCCACAGGGCUGAAGGACUCGGAGAUGAGAGAUGUGGCUCGCCGCUAUGAAAGAGAAAGCGUCUUCGUGUUUCCCGCCGAGGAGGGAUCUGGGGCUGACUUCAGUCUGAGAUUUUUUGUUCCUGGCCACGAAAUGGAAAUGUGCGGGCACGCCACAGUCGGGACAGGCUGGAUCAUGCAUCGUCUUGGACUUGUGACCGAGACCGAAACCGAGAUCAAGUUUAUGACCAAGUCAGGGCUGGUCAGUACCCGCCGUGACAGGGUUGCGAAUGCAAACACCACCGGAGAAAUGGUGUCAGUGUCCGUGUCACAGCCCAAAGGGACUUUAGAGGAUGUCCAGGACGAAAGGCUCAUCGCACAAAUCUUGUCAGUGCUGAGGGUCGACUCGUCUCAUCUGGGGCCGUGGGCGAUCCAGAACGCCUGCACCAGCCGCGUCAAGACGGUGAUUCCGUUGAAGAGUGCCGCGACGCUCAAUAGUCUGGACCCGGAUUUCGAAAAGGUCAAAGAUCUCUGUGACCAGCUUGGCUCCACGGGCCUCUACCCAUAUGCUGUGGUGCAGCAUGGGAACGGUCUGGGGCCCACCAAGAUCGAGGCUCGACAAUUCCCAAGGGCUUCGGGAUACCCAGAAGACGCAGCGACGGGGAUUGCUGCUGCUGCUCUUUCGCGUGCCCUGGCUACGAAUGGGUUGGCUCGUUCAGGAGAAAGCGUCGUCGUCUACCAGGGCAGGGCAAUGGGGCACUUGUCCCAAAUCAACGUGCUGGUCGAGGACACUGGGUGUUGGAUUGGAGGGACCUGUGCUAUGGCAUAG